UUUAGUUAUGAGCAAUGUUAAAAGUCCUGUAGAAAUGUUGCUAAAAUGUCUGGAUAUCCUAGUGUUGCUGAGUUUAAUGCAGUGUUUUGAAAAAUAUACAGCUAUACCUUCUUAUCAAGAGAGAGCUGAGCAGUUAAUGAAGACUACUGCCUUGAUUGAUGGACAUAAUGACAUGCCGUGGCAGCUGAGGAAGAGAGUGCACAAUGAUCUUUCUGCAAUAGACCUUAAAACAUGGAAUGUUACCCACACCAACAUUGAGAAGCUCCGGGCUGGUCUGAUUGGUGCUCAGUUUUGGGUUGCAUAUGUGCCGUGUAAUACACAGAACAAAGAUGCAGUGCGUCAUGCACUGGAGCAAAUUGAUGUGAUAAAGAGAAUGGUACAGAUGUUCCCAGAAGAUUUUCAGCUAACAACAACAGCUGAUGGAAUCACAGAAGUAUUUCAGAGUGGUAAAAUAGCCAGCCUUAUUGGUGUGGAAGGUGGACAUGGAAUUGACAACAGUCUCGGAGCUUUGCGCAUGUUCUAUGAACUUGGAGUCCGUUACCUGACAUUAACACAUACUUGUAACACACCAUGGGCAGAUUCCAGCAGAGUGGACAGUGGUAGUGUAAAACCCGGUGUCAAUGGAUUGUCUGAUUUUGGUAAAAAAGUUGUAAAAGAAAUGAAUCGUCUGGGAAUGCUGAUCGAUCUCUCUCAUGUCUCUGAAGAUACAAUGUUAGCUGCAUUUGAAGUGUCAGCGGCUCCUGUCAUUUUCAGUCAUUCAUCUGCAUUUGCUUUAUGCAACAAUUACCGAAAUGUGCAAGAUAAGGUUCUACGUAAGCUGGCAAACAAUUCAGGCAUUGUGAUGGUAAAUUUUUAUCCUGAUUUUAUUUCUUGCAACGGAACUGCCACCCUACCCCAAGUGGCAGAUCAUCUUGACCACAUUCGAAAUGUGGCUGGUGCAGAUCAUGUAGGCAUCGGGAGUGACUUUGAUGGUUUUGACAGGGGUCCUAUUGGACUAGAAGACGUUUCAAAAUAUCCUGCAUUAAUUGCUGAGCUUCUCCAGCGGAACUGGACUGACAAAGACAUUAAAAAGCUGCUUGGUUUAAACUUUCUCCGAGUUUUUGAAAAAGCUGAAGAAGUAAGCAGACAACUUCAGAAAACCAGCAUGCCAUCAACUUAUGUCAUUGAUCAGGAUAAGGUGCAAAGUCCAUGCAGAACAUUUCUUGGCUACCCAUCCGCAGCUUCUCACCAUCCCUGAUUCCAUAUUAUCAUUAACACAGUCAUGUUCAUUAUUUCCUUAACAGCAACCAGAAGUUAAAGUAAUAAUCAGAAAGAUGCAAUAUUAGAAAUAAAUUUAUAACAUUAAACAUGUAUAGCAAACAGAAGUUCACAAAAAGACUAUCAUGACUGUACGUUAUUCAUAUUUCUAAUACCAUAUCAUAGAAUUCAGUGUGGAAGCAGGGCAUUCAGCCCACACUGACCCUCUGAAAAGCACCCCACCCAAACCCACUCCCCUAACCUAUCCUUCUAACCCUGCAUUUCCCAUAGCUAAUCCACUUAACCUGCACAUCCUUGGACAUUAUGGGUAAUUUAGCAAGGCUGAUCCACCCUACAUCUUACAAAAUAUAUAUCUUGAAAUAUUAGUGUAUAUACACAUGCUAAUAGUAUUAAUUGCUAUUGUUGCAUUGUAUGACUUUGCUGCAAGACUAGUAAGUAGGCUGAUGUGUUUUAGUAUGUACCAAUUUCACUUCUGAACCACAAGACUCUGAGUUCAAGUUACACUCUAGAGUCUUGAGCAAAACUAUCUUGGCUGAGAGCCAGUAUAUACUGAGGAGUCCUGCACUGAUGGAAGUCCAACCAUUUAUGAAUAAGACAUUAAACUGUGGUCUUGCCUGCCUUUUGAAGAUGGACACAGAAGAUCCUAAUGACAUUAAUUUGAAAUAGAUAAGUGAGUUAGCCAAUAUAAUGUUCAAUGUUUAUCCCAUGAUCAAACUGCAAAAACAGAUUACCUUAACAGUAUCACAUUUCUACUGGUAAGAGCUUGCUGACCACAAACGGACAACCGUUUUGCCUGUGUCACAAUACUGACUAUGUCAAAAUGUACUGCAUUCGCUGUACAGAGUUUUGGAUUUCUGCAGAUUUUGAAAAAUGCAAGCUUUGUAUUUAACUUGGUUAAAACUGAAACCAUGUAAUGUCUUGCUUCCAAUUAGCAAAUAAAGAUCAGUGAGAAAGCA